CUAAACUCGGCAUGUUUAAAACUUUUGAAAUCCAACAAAAACCUACUAUUCAAAUGUGACACUUGCUGUUCUGUUUAUAAUUCGUCUUGCUUAGCCAAGUUUGAAAAUGCUUUCCGCGCAUUAAAGGAGUUUCAAGACGAUUUAUGUGGUGAAAAAAUCACCCUUAAUAAUGAAAAUGCAUCGUCAUCUAAUCAAGUUGGCAUAAUUGCUGCUAGCAACAAUAACAAUGCCAGUAAUAGUGAUGCUUCAAAUAAAAGAAUUUUGCGUUCAAAAGCAAAUUCAAAUAAGGUCGCUGACCUCGUUGGAUUGACAGUGGGCACGAGUUCUUCUGCUUCUAGUAGUGCAGAAUCGGCUAAUGGUGUUGUUGCUGAACUCGCUACUGAGCUUAAUGCAAAUUUCUCUGCUGUGAGUGAUGCUGACCAUAACAAUUGCGCUUCGCCUGCAAUUCAACGCAGCAUUGGAGAGGAGAGUGGUUCUAAUGUUAUUGCUCAGACAGCAGUUAGUGGUUCUCUUAACCUACCUGCUGUCUCUUCUGUGGUUGUGUCUGAUAACCUGUCAGCUUCGGGUAAUGCUAAUGCUGUGCUUUCUCAACAACAAGUAAAUAAUGAAAGCGAAUGUGAAGAUAAUACUGUGUGGACGAAAGUAAACAACAAACGGCGUAAUAACAAUGUGGUUGUUGUUGGGUCUAAUGUUAGCACGGAGUUGUGUGUAGCUGAUCGUAUGAAGUGGGCGCAUUUGUCGUCAUUCGACCCUAAAGUCACUGCUGAUGACAUUAUCAAUUAUGUGUGUAAACAUGUAAAAAUUGAGAGAAAGGCUAUCUCUUGCUAUGCAUUAAUUAAAAAAGAUGACCCAGCAGAAAAUCGUACACAUGUUAACUUCAGGCUGGGUGUUCUAUCUGCCGAGUUUCCUAGUAUUCUCGAUGCGAAAAUUUGGCCUUUGAAUGUAAAGGUAAAACCUUUUAAUUUUUUUCGGAAACGGGGAGGUCGAACCCAAAGGUCUUAACUGCUAUGAAUGGAAAUGCUUCUCCGGAAUCUUGUGCUGAGCUAAAAAUCUACUACCAAAACAUUUCUGGCUUAAGAACAAAAUCGAAGACAGUAUUUCAAUUUAAUU